AUGCCUGCACCACCACCUGCCUCACACCGCACUCAUACCCUUGCUUCUACGCUGCUUACAUUCUUGCUAAACAACCACUACGUUAUGUCUCAGCCUUACCCCACCCCUCGCGACACCCGCUCGAAGCGCUGCCAUGAGACCGAGUCUCAAGGUAGCGAUCCUGCACCUCUCGGCACCGCUCCUACCUCCAAGUCUGCCAGCACCACUCGAGCUAUUCCAAGCUCGCAGGUGGCCGCAACUGCUGCCAAGUGUUAUGACUGA